AUGUCUACCACAAUCGGAGACGCGAAUUCGACCGACGAAUUGUACAGUAUCUCUUGGUCCAAUCCCGCGUGGAGUCAUCUGCUUUCGUCGGUCAAUGUGUUGGAUUACUUUUGUGACUUAUCUAAUCCAUUCUACGAUCGACAGUGUAACAACGAGGUGGUUCGAAUGCAACGUCUUAGUCCAGAACAGCUUCUCUGUAUGACGGGGAUCGAGUUCUACUUAGAUCAAGCUCAAGAACCUAUUUUGUUCGUCAUACGCAAACAGCGUCGUCUGUCCAGUACGGAAGUUACUCCACUGGCCUACUACUAUAUAAUCAACGGGACUGUGUUACAAGCUCCCGAUUUAGGAGCUCUGCUCAACUCUCGUCUAUUGACUACGGUCAAUAAUUUGACGAAAACGCUACAGGCAAGUCAACCGGUUCUGUGUGUGUUAUACGUAUCUUCUUCACGGAUAUCUGCUGUGAAUUAUAGGGUGUUUUUCGACGAGUAG